AUGGCCGACCAGUCUCCAGACCCUCAGCUUCAAUCCUCUUUCAUUACACGUAUCCCACGUGAAGUGCGCGAUAAAGUCUAUCUAGAGCUAUGGCGUUCUUGCGGUCUUCGCCAGCACAUCAUUUGGCACAAGGACACGCAAGACGUAACCAAGUCUCAUUUCUGUCGAUGGCGGUGCACGACGCCAUUCGAGGUGGAGGAUGGACUCCAGGAAGCUAUCAACACCACCAGAAUUGAGCUCGGUGUUGCGUUGGGGGAUAGCUUCAGCAACAAGGGCUAUGCCCUGCAGCUCUAUUCUGCCUGGAAGAAUCAUUUCACUUGUGGUGAACGUAUUGCACAGGUACACGGCAGCGAUGCAAGCCCUGGUAUUAGUAUGUGUUCUUCUCGAGGACCAUGCUGGAGUAGCCCCCAAUCAAACCCCGAAAAUCCUGCGACGUGGAGCCCGUACUUGGGCACGCUCUUGUCGUGCAGGCUCAUGUCUUCAGAAUGCCUCAAGUCAAUCUAUGAGUCGACCACUUUUAUCUUCACAGACGUCAUUGCUCUCAAUAUGUUUGUCGGGUUCUGUAAAGUCCCAAAGAGUAUGGAAGAAGAGUCCAAAGUGACUACUCCGCCACCAGCGUUUCGCACGCUUGGCAGACACCUCGAGCUAUCGUUAGAGCCAGUUUUUCCCAUGCUACUGGCCUGCUCAUCGCCAGUCCAGACACCACUGGUAGAGGAGCGCCACAAAUCCCCGAACUUUCAUGGCCUCAGACUAGAUCUGUUGGAGAAUCUGACAACCCUAGAUAUCUGGAUUGCCGCCCGCUCCUCGGCUCUAUUAAUAGACAAAUACGCGGACAACAUUGAUCAGAGCCCCUAA